AUCAUUAAUCCUUCUCAUACCUCUCGUAUAAAAACACGCACAAUGUCUGCCAUUCUCAACACUCUGACUAAAGUCGCCAUCCCUAUUGGAGCUACUGUGUCAUUCUUACAGUACAGCAUGUACGAUGUUCAGGGAGGAUACCGUGCUGUCAUUUUCGACAGGCUAGAGGGAGUUAAGCCCAACCCUGUGGGCGAAGGUACGCAUUUUUUGAUCCCUUGGCUGCAGCGCGCCAUUCAGUUCGACGUCCGCACUAAGCCCCGCAACAUUUCUACAACAACCGGGUCCAAGGAUAUGCAGAUGGUGACUUUGACUCUUCGUGUCCUUCACCGCCCUGAUCUCAAAAAUCUUUCUCAGAUCUACCAGGGCCUCGGAUUGGACUAUGAUGAACGUGUUCUACCCUCAAUCGGUAACGAAGUCCUGAAGUCAAUUGUAGCUCAAUUUGAUGCUGGUGAAUUAAUUACUCAGCGCGAACUUGUUUCCUCUAAAAUCCGCGAGGACCUCGCCAAGCGCGCAAGAGAGUUCCAUAUUGAGCUUGAGGACGUUUCGAUUACCACUAUGACAUUUGGUCGCGAUUUCACCAACGCUGUUGAGCAGAAACAGAUCGCCCAGCAAGAGGCCGAGCGUGCCAAGUUCAUUGUCGAAAAAGCAGAACAAGAGAAAAACGCCUCGAUUAUUAGAGCCGAGGGUGAAGCCCAUGCUGCUGAGAUUAUUUCCGCAUCUUUGGAGAAGGCUGGUGCCGGAUUGAUUGAGCUUCGUCGUAUUGAGGCCUCCAAGGAUAUCGCUGGCACCCUGGCCAAUGCUAAAAAUGUUACCUACCUCCCUAACCAGAAGGGUAACAACAUGUUGUUGAAUAUCCCUGUUUAAACAUAGCAUGGGGGUUUAGGGACGUCUGGACAGGAGGAGUUGCAGGGCUGCAACCGCCUAAAAUUGAAUUUUAGAAACAUCAUUAAAGCCAAUC